GUCUGCGUCAUUUUGAGCUCAAGUGUUCCUCCUAGAAGGCGGGUAGAACAAGCUUCGAAACUGCAUAUGAACCGCAUUUAGUUCCUAACUUAGGGCGCAUAUAGUUUCCCUACACUUUCUAGAAACCCAUAUAUAUGCCAACCAAGAUAAGAGGGAGUAUAACAUGACUAUCACGGAGAAAGAAAACGGAAUGAACGGGAAAACCGAGAAGCCCAAGUAUGACCCGGAGUUCACCGACCGGGUGAUCGCCGCCACGGGCCCGAAGGCCUCUCCGCGCCUCAAGCAGAUAAUGCCGAGCCUCGUGCGGCACUUGCAUGACUUUGCACGGGAGGUGGACUUAACGAUGGCGGAACUGAUGAUCGGGGUCGAAUUUGUGAGUUUGACUUGACUUUAACACCGAGCCGACCUUCACGCACAUAAUCUACACCUACCGAGGUACCUACCUACUUGAACUGGUAUUCGCCGCGAAGGAUCCAUCGAUGAAACUAACCUCCCAUCGUAGCUCAACGAGAGCGGCCGCAUGUCCACCGACAAGCGCGACGAGAUAAUCCUCCUAAGCGACGUCCUCGGCGUCGAAUCGCUCGUCGACGAAAUCACGUCGAAGCUACUCCUCUCAGCAGACGGCACCAACACCACCACCACCACUACCACGCCAUCCGCCGUCCUAGGGCCCUUCUACCGCGCCGACGCGCCGGUGCUGCCGAACGGGAGCAGCAUCGUGUCGCCGCAGUGCGGAUGGUACGCGCAGGCGCAGCACCUGCUAGCGCACGUAUCAGGGCGCGUGCUGUCCGCAUCUACGGGCGAGCCCAUCCCAGACGCCGUCGUCGACGUCUGGCUCGCGGGGCCCAACGGCCUGUACGAGCAGCAGGACGCAUCGGCGCCCGAGAUGAACCUGCGCGGGCGCUUCCGCACCGACGCGCAGGGGCGCUACGCCCUGUACUGCGUGCGGCCGACGCCGUACCCGGUUCCCGCGGACGGGCCCGCGGGGCGUCUUUUGGGCUUGCUGGAUCGCCACCCCUACAGGCCUGCGCACAUCCACUUCGUCGUCGGCGCGGAGGGUUACCGCACGCUGACGACGCAGGUUUUCGAUGCGGAGGAUGGGUAUUGUAAGGAUGACGCCGUGUUCGCGACGAAGGAGGAGCUGCUGGUGCGGUUUGAGAAGAGGGAGGGCGAUGAGAGGGCUAGGUGGAGCUUGGUUUAUGAUUUUACGCUUGCGGAGGUGUGAGGGUGAGGGCGCUGGGGUGGAUGCGAGGGGUGGUAUGGUGGUAUGAUGUUGGAGGGUUUUCUUAUGAGACUAUAAGUGCGGUUAUAGGGUUUGUUAGUUGAAUGAAAUUGCAUGGUCGGAGAUUCCGUUAUUAUGUGAUGAUUGGAUGCAGAUAUAAGGCCUCUCUCAUCAAGCUAUUCACUUGCAUUUAGCAUAGAUAUCUGCUACAACCUUGGUGACCUAUAAGAGUUCUUGUGGACAUGAAGAUUAUUUGCUUUUGUCUGGUUAUGUUAAACUUGGGUUGUAUGGUAACGAUUUUUAUUGGACCUCGUCAGUUAAUCAAAGAACGGCCGUAGAAUUUGUAUGAAACAUCGAACGAAUGAUAUGCGAAUGAUUUUCGUAAACGUUGA